AGGCAGCUCUGUCCAACAGCUGGAGCCCAGAAGUCGGGGCGGCCAGGCUCCGCCCCCUGACGCCGCGGGAGGCGGGGCGGCGGCGAUUGGCUGUUAGCGCGGGGGCUGCUGAGCCCGCGGAGAAGGAGGAGCAGAAGGAAAUAGGCGAGGAGGGGUCGCCGGCUCCACCCGGGCUCGGCUCCGGCUCGGCCAUCUGAGUUUGGGUGCUGUCUGAGAAGUGUUCCUCCUCUCCCCACCACAAGGCGAAUGAUUGGCGUAGAAGCAUAACCCGUCUCCGGUCUUCGGAUCUGUGCGUGGUUCUCUUGCAUCUUGGGACUCGGGACCGUCAUGCUGUGAUGUGUGCCGAGGGAGUAAUUGAUCACCUACACAACCUGGAUCUCACCACAUUUUGGAUAUGACUGAACCUCUUCAAUGGGCCCGAUGUCACUGGCAACGGCUGAUGGGCAGUACAAACAGGGAUGACAAUGAGAGGCCAUACAACUAUUCCUCGCUGCUUGCCUGCGGGUGCAAGUCCUCUCAGACCCCCAAACUGGCAGGAAAGCACAGGGUGGUGGUUCCUCACCUCCAGCACUUCAAGGAAGACUAUGAAAAGUUCUCUGGAACCUACGUGAAUAAUCGAAUACGAACUACAAAGUACACACUUCUGAAUUUUGUGCCAAGAAAUUUAUUUGAACAAUUUCACAGAGCGGCCAAUUUAUAUUUCCUGUUUCUAGUCGUUCUGAACUGGGUGCCUUUGGUAGAAGCCUUCCAAAAGGAAAUUACGAUGCUGCCUCUGGUGGUGGUCCUUACAAUUAUCGCAAUUAAAGAUGGCUUGGAAGAUUACCGAAAAUACAAAAUUGACAAACAGAUCAACAAUUUAGUAACUAAAGUUUACAGUAGGAAAGAGAAAAAGUAUGUUGAGCAGCGCUGGAAAGAUGUUACUGUUGGGGACUUUAUUCGCCUUUCCUGUAAUGAGAUUAUUCCUGCAGAUAUGGUCUUACUCUUUUCCACUGAUCCAGAUGGAAUCUGUCAUAUUGAGACGUCUGGUCUUGAUGGUGAAAGCAAUUUAAAACAGAGGCAGGUGGUUCGGGGAUAUGCAGAGCAGGACUCUGAAGUUGAUCCUGAGAAAUUCUCCAGUAGGAUAGAAUGUGAAAAUCCAAACAAUGAUCUCAACAGAUUCCGAGGCUUCCUAGAACAUUCCAACAAAGACUGCGUGGGUCUCAGUAAAGAAAAUUUAUUGCUUAGGGGAUGCACUAUUAGAAACACAGAAGCUGUUGUGGGCAUUGUGGUUUAUGCAGGCCAUGAAACCAAAGCAAUGCUGAACAACAGCGGUCCAAGGUAUAAGCGCAGCAAAUUAGAAAGAAGAGCAAAUACAGAUGUCCUCUGGUGUGUCUUGCUUUUGUUCAUAAUGUGUUUAACUGGUGCAUUAGGUCAUGGAAUCUGGUUGAGUAGAUAUGAAAAUGUACUCUUUUUUAAUAUCCCUGAGCCUGACGGACAUGUCAUAUCACCACUGUUGGCAGGAUUCUAUAUGUUUUGGACCAUGAUCAUUUUGUUACAGGUCUUGAUUCCCAUUUCUCUCUAUGUUUCCAUUGAAAUUGUGAAGCUUGGACAAAUAUAUUUUAUUCAAAGUGAUAUGGAUUUCUACAAUGAGAAAAUGGAUUCUACUGUUCAAUGCCGCGCCCUCAACAUUGCUGAAGAUCUUGGGCAGAUUCAGUAUCUCUUUUCUGAUAAAACAGGAACCCUCACUGAGAAUAAGAUGGUUUUUAGAAGAUGUAGUGUGGCAGGCUUUGAUUACUGCCAUGAAGAAAAUGCCAAGAGGUUAGAGUCCUAUCAAGAAGCCGUGGUUGAAGAUGAGGAUCUUGCAGACACUCCCAGUGGCUCCCUCAGCAAUAUGGCAAAACUGAGAGCCCCCAGCUGCAGGACAGUUCAUAAUGGGCCUUUGGAAAGUAAACCUUCGAAUCAUCUUGCUGGGAGCUGUUCCGCUCUAGGAAGUGGAGAAGGAGCCAGUGAAGUGCCUCAUUCCAGACAGGCUGCUUUCAGUAGCCCCAUUGAAACAGAUGUGGUACCAGACACCAGGCUUUUGGACAAAUUUAAUCAGAUUACACCUCAGUUCUUUACCUCCCUAGAUGAGACCAUCCCAGAUCCUCCACUGGAGACCUUGUACAUUAUCGACUUCUUCAUUGCGUUGGCAAUUUGUAACACAGUGGUGGUUUCCGCCCCUAACCAACCACGACAGAAGAUUAGACUCUCUUCACUGAGUGGAAUGCCCACUAAGUCUUUGGAAGAGAUUAAAAACCUCUUCCAGCGAUUAUCUGUCCGAAGAUCAAGUUCACCAUCUCUUGCCGGUGGGAAAGAGCCAUCUUCUGGGGUCCCCAAUACCUUUGUGAGCAGACUCUCUCUCUUCAGUCGAAUUAAACUGGCUUCACCUGUGGAGGAAGAGGUCUCACAGACAGGAGAGAGCCAACAAGGUUCUGGUAACUCAGCUUGCCAAACAGAAACAGAGAAACAAAACGGUGAUGCAGGCGUCACAAAUGGCAAGGCAGAUUCCCUCCCUGGACAGCCGUUGGCCACUAACCUGUGUUAUGAGGCUGAGAGCCCAGAUGAAGCGGCUUUGGUAUAUGCUGCCAGGGCUUACCAAUGCACUUUACAGUCCCGGACACCAGAGCAGGUCGUGGUGGACUUCGCUGCUUUGGGACCCUUAACAUUUCAACUCCUACACAUCCUGCCCUUCGACUCAAUAAGAAAAAGAAUGUCUGUUGUGGUCCGGCACCCCCUUUCCAACCAAGUCGUGGUGUAUACCAAGGGUGCUGAUUCUGUUAUUAUGGAAUUGCUUUCCAUGGUUUCCCCAGAUGGAGCAAGUCAGGAAAAACAACAAAUGAUAAUAAGGGAGAAAACCCAGGAACACUUGGAUGACUAUGCCAAACAAGGCCUACGCACUUUAUGUAUAGCAAAGAAGGUCAUGAGUGACACUGAAUAUGCAGAAUGGCUGAGGAAUCAUUUUUUAGCUGAAACCAGCAUUGACAACAGGGAAGAAUUAUUACUUGAAUCUGCCAUGCGGUUGGAGAACAAACUAACUUUACUUGGUGCUACUGGCAUUGAAGACCGUCUGCAGGAGGGGGUCCCUGAGUCUAUAGAAGCCCUUCACAAAGCCGGCAUCAAGAUCUGGAUGCUGACGGGUGACAAGCAGGAGACAGCUGUCAACAUAGCUUAUGCGUGCAAACUACUGGAGCCAGAUGACAAGCUCUUUAUCCUCAAUACCCAAAGUAAAGAUGCCUGUGAGAUGCUGAUGGGCACAAUUUUGAAAGAACUUAAGAAGAAUCCACCCUCUACAGAGCAGGCAUCAUUAAGUGAGGAUUUAUACCAGCCUCCUGCCUCCCAGGACUCAGGGCUACGGGCUGGACUCAUUAUCACUGGGAAGACCCUGGAGUUCACACUGCAGGACAGUCUGCAAAGGCAGUUUCUAGAGCUGACUGCUUGUUGUCAAGCUGUGGUCUGCUGCCGAGCCACACCGCUGCAGAAAAGUGAGGUGGUGAAAUUAGUACGCAACCAUCUCCGGGUGAUGACCUUGGCCAUUGGUGAUGGUGCCAAUGAUGUUAGUAUGAUACAGGUGGCAGACAUUGGGAUAGGGAUCUCAGGUCAAGAAGGCAUGCAGGCUGUGAUGGCCAGUGACUUUGCCGUUUCCCAGUUUAAGCAUCUCAGUAAGCUCCUUCUUGUCCAUGGGCACUGGUGUUACACACGACUUUCCAACAUGAUUCUCUAUUUUUUCUACAAGAACGUGGCCUACGUGAACCUCCUUUUCUGGUACCAGUUCUUCUGUGGGUUUUCAGGAACAUCCAUGACUGACUAUUGGAUUUUGAUCUUCUUCAACCUCCUUUUCACAUCUGCCCCUCCCGUCAUUUAUGGUGUUUUGGAGAAAGAUGUGUCUGCAGAGACCCUUGUACAACUGCCUGAACUUUAUAAGAGUGGUCAGAAAUCAGAAGCAUACUUACCCCUCACCUUCUGGAUCACCCUGUUGGAUGCCUUCUAUCAAAGCCUGGUCUGCUUCUUUGUGCCUUACUUAACCUACCAGGGCUCUGACGUUGACAUCUUUACAUUCGGAAACCCCCUGAACACAGCUGCUCUGUUCAUCAUUCUCCUCCAUCUGGUCAUUGAAAGCAAGAGUUUGACUUGGAUCCACAUGCUGGUCAUCAUUGGUAGCAUCUUGUCUUAUUUUUUCUUUGCCUUGGCUUUUGGAGCCAUGUGUGUGACUUGCAAUCCACCAUCCAACCCCUACUGGAUUAUGCAGGAGUGCAUGCUGGAUCCAGUGUUCUACUUUGUUUGUGUCCUCACAACCUAUGUUGCUCUUCUGCCCAGGUUUAUAUACCGAGUUCUUCAGGGAUCCCUAUUUCCAUCUCCAAUUCUGAGGGCUAAGCACUUUGACAGACUGACUCCAGAGGAAAGGAUUGAAGCCCUCAAGAAGUGGAGAGGGGCUGGAAAGAUGGGUCAAGUGACAUCUAAGUAUGCUGAACACUCAACUGCCAAGUCAGAAAGAAAACCCAUGUCUGGCCCUUCUGAUGUCUUUGCAAUGAUGUCAGCAACUUCCUGUGCUGUGGAGCAAGGAAACGUAACUAUAUGUGAAACUGUGUUAGACUCAGACUACUCUGAAACUAAGACCUCAGGAAUGACUGGACCCUCAGGUUUAAAAAGCAGGAUAUCCUCUUUAGAUUUGUAAGUAUUCCUUCAGGUUUGGAAGAGAGACUUUGAAGAGGCACCUCUACCAAGCAAGAAUAACUCGGAUUCUCCCUUAAAGGACAUGAACAUUUUACUGGGCUUGGAAAAGCCAGUGAGAUAACCUUUAUUGUAUGUUUAUAGAGACAUUUGUAAAAGAGGAUAGAAUUUGACCUGGACAGAGUUUGGGGAAGUUAAAUAUAUAAUUCAGAAUCAAAUGCUUUUAUGAAACUUUUUGGAUUUUGUAAAAGCAUUUUAAUUGUCUUAGAUAUAUAGACAUUUUCAAGGAGAUUCAUUUGAGAUGUAGUUAUUUUACUGUGAAAUCUCAGCUUCCAGAGAAAUACUUUAAAUGAGCAGACUCCAAUCUGAUUUUCUUUAUUAAGAAAAAAAAAGUAGUUUUAGAUUGUUUAGUUAGGACUCAGAGAUUUCAACAUAGAAAAAAAUGUUAUAAAUGGUUAAUUUCCAAAGAAAAAAAUCCCAAGAGCCUUUUAAACAACAGUGUACCUACUAUAAGAUAAUAAUGGUACUAUUUAAAAUAUAGUUAGUGAUUAUUAAUAGCUUUUUAUUUCCAAUGGGGAGAUGCCUUUGGUCUUCUGACCAAGGAUGUUAGGCAUACCGCUCUGGCCAUUCGAGUGUGUUCCUGAGGUGGAGCCUUCAUUGGGAAGGGGCAGGGGAUGCCAGGGUUUCAUCAGGUAAUGGGAACAUGUUUCUCUCUCAGCUUCCAGUCAAAGGGAUACCUUUCUUGAGGUCUGCCUCUGUGCACAUGUUAAUCGAGGGGAAAAGGCCAUGGCUAAGGCAGAUAGAAUCAACUGAGCCUAUGGUCAGUCCAUUUGGCAAUUUCCUGUACUCUAAAACUGACAAUAGCCUGAUCAGAAUGAGACAAUCAAUUUCAAAACAAUCUUCAGGAGACCAUUUGAGGGUUCAUAGAUUUUACGAUACCAUGCAACUUUUCUGGUGUUGUAACUUCUAAAAAUGAGAUAUUGUGAAUUGAGAUUAAUACAGGUGGUUCUCAGGAAGAUUCCAUGAUGUUCUUAGAAAAAUUCGUUUAGGACAUUUUAGGACCUGAAUGUCUAUAGCAGGUUAACUGCUGUUGCAAAUCAUGUGUGCUGGCUUUAGUUGGAACAGAAAAACUAGUUUAUACCAAGUAAGGCCAGAUUAUGUGUUCUUGUUGAGUUCUUUUAAAGUUCCUUAUCUGUUCAUCUGAAAAUUAUCAGCCACAAAUCACCCAGAAUUUCCUUCAUGAAAUCUCCAUGUCUAUAUCAAGGUUGUCUUAAUGACUAUUAAACUGUUCUCAGGGCUUAAUCUUCUACCUGCUGCCUAUUGUCCUGGUAUACCAUUUUUUGUAGGCUCCUGAUAUUGUUGCAAAUAGUGUUUUAUAUAGACUCAUUUUCAGAACUUUCAGAAUCCCACGUGGCUAAUGGAAGUGCUUUACACUUCCUUAUGGGUGUUUUUUAAAUAAAUUGUUUAAUAAAUAA